UAACAGGAGAGCGACUACAGCUUUACGUCACGUGUCUGUGUGACACGUCGUUCUGGAGCUCGCACACGGAAGUGUUUAGACGCAUCAGCUAUCAGAAGGAAGAAAUAAUAAAGGAUUUCAUAUAAAAUGGGGGGCUUCUUUUCCAGCCUCUUCUCUGGCCUGUUUGGCACCAGAGAGAUGAGAAUUCUCAUUCUGGGUCUGGAUGGAGCUGGGAAAACCACCAUACUUUACAGGCUGCAAGUGGGAGAGGUCGUCACUACGAUUCCCACCAUUGGUUUUAAUGUGGAGACGGUGACGUACAAGAACCUAAAAUUUCAAGUGUGGGAUCUUGGUGGACAGACGAGCAUCAGGCCAUACUGGCGGUGCUACUACUCCAACACAGAUGCUGUGAUCUAUGUCGUGGACAGCAGUGAUCGCGACAGGAUGGGCAUCUCGAAAUCUGAGCUUGUGGCCAUGUUGGAGGAGGAGGAGCUUAAGAAAGCCAUCUUGGUAGUAUUUGCCAACAAACAGGAUAUGGAACAAGCCAUGACACCUACUGAGGUAGCCAACGCUCUCGGCUUACCUGCACUGAAAGACAAAAAAUGGCAGAUUUUCAAGACAUCUGCUACCAAGGGAACUGGUCUGGAUGAGGCAAUGGAAUGGCUUGUGGAGUCCCUGAAGAGUAAGCAGUAAAUGCACACAAGACGUCUAUAUGUAAAUACCCUGAUUUUGAUCUGUGAACUUCAGAGACUUCUUAUUGGGUGCCCCUUUGGACCAAUGAUGUCAUUCUUCCUAUUGUCUGAAGACCACGCUACUCCCAGAACAGAGACGCUGCGCUGUCAAGUGGUUGUGUCCAUUUGUCAGAACGAACGAAUGAUCAGACAGUUCUCGGACUCAACAGUUCAACUUAUAAAAUAGUUUUUCCCCUUUUGCUUGUCUGUAUUGAUGCUUUGUAGAAAUUUUUCAAUGUUCACUACAUUUGUACUUGAUAACGUCAGAGGUGUUCGCUUCUUCAAAUGGCCUUUUUCUUGAUCCUGAAUAAUCAGUGCAGCUGGGCAUGAGUUUAAGUUGGUAUAUUUACUGGGUUAGAUAUUUAAGACUAAUUGUCAUUUGUAUGCAUUGGAUUUGUAACAGCAUAUUUAUAUUUGCACGUGUACAGCGCUUCUGCGUAUGGCUGUGAAAUAAAUAUGCAGUCAAGACGUAUUGCAUCAUGUAUAACAACAA